AAAAUUCAAGUAACAAUGCUCACGAGACAUCUCCUUCACGAGAUACAACCCCGAUUAUAUUCCGAACAAAAAUCAGUCCAAGUCAGCGUUUUGGGUGCUAACACGAGGCUAGGACGAUAUACGAGCUUUCUGCUAAAGCAGAACCCACUAGUCUCAGCCCUCCACCUGCAAGGUUGUGAACAUCUCCCGGGUCUCGCAGCCGAUCUUAAUUUUUGUGACACCAAAUGCGCCGUUCACGCACACUCUGGUGAUCACAACGUUUCGAAAGCGAUAAAGAGCGCCGACAUCAUCUUGUUCCUUCCAAACGAAAAGCCGAAAGAGGACGUCGCCUUAGGGGAACGGGUGACGAGUGAAGGAACUCGACUUUACAGUUACCUGAAGGAAUGCACAGUUUACUCACCAAGAGCCAUUUUGGUAAUGUGCGUCCCACCCGUAUCGAUAACCACCCCAAUAGCUACGGCCGUGUUUAAACAAAGUCACUUUUACCACCCGGGGAGGAUUAUUGGCUCGACAGCAUUUGCCCAAGUAAAAGCCAACACGUUGGUAGGCCGAUACCACGACCUCGAUCCUCGAUGUUGUGACGUACCGCUCGUAGGAGGCCCGGAUAUCGACCUUGCGGUACCGUUGUUUAGCAGAGCUAGACCGGUGGGCGUCGUAGGAAGAGGGCCGCAAAUAUUAACAGCGAAGUUCAGGGGGGUCAACGAAGAAGAGCUUCUAAAAUGUCCGGGUAGCCAGAAAGUGGUGGAUAAUUCUCAGUUAGCCGAGAGUUACGCGUUGAAUAUGUUGGUAUCUACUAUCGCUUUGGGGAUAUGCGGUGACCCAAAUGCCUUGGCUAACGUGUAUUUGAGAAGCAAUGUGCUGACCACAUGCCGUUAUUUAGUAAACACUGUUCGGUUCGCGAGAGGCGGCGUCGUCCACAACUACGGAGUGCCAGAACUGACGAAACUCGAACUGGGACUUUUCGAGAGAGCCGUCCUGGAGAUAAAAGACCGGGAACGGAUGGCCCGCGAAUUUGUCGAUCACAUGGAAAACAAAGACGCAGGAAAGGGCCCGCCUUUUACAGAGAAACAACAGCGGGCGCUGAAAGAAAAGCUAGCGAAGUGAAGUUUUUGUUUAUAUUUUAUGCAAGGACGAUUUCCGCGUCGAUGGAAAAACUUCUGACUUAAUUUAAACAUGAUACGCGUGGGGAAGCUUUUAAUUCAGCGAUGAUAUAUCGACGGGUAUAUUACACGUUCCGUUGAUCGGCUUUGAAUAAUUGAUGGCCCGGUAAAUUAACCUGUUUGUCUCGCGUUUAUUUGUCGAGCGGUGACCAUGGAAAAAAAUAUCUUUUCCAAAUAAUUACGUGCGGUGUGUCCUACAUGAGGCGUUGCCGAAUUUUUUUUGUGUGCAGGAUUUUUAUAAUAAUAACAAUAUUCAGGAAAUCGAUACACUCCGACGUUGUAGCAAAUUAAACAAAGCUAUACUU